AUGCACUUCUCUCUCACUGCCCUCGUUCUCCUCCUCGUCUCCCCUGCCCUGGCUGAACCUCAGGGCAGUGGCAGCCACGGCAAAGGUAAAGAUAGCGCAGACAUCUUCCCGGACUUCAAUCGCUACUCCGACUGGGCGAUCUGCAAGGGACAGAUCACCAAGACCCGCUUUCCGAAGCUGCAGGCCCCAAACAACGAAGGUGGCUGUGUCCGUUACUACCAGGGCAUCGACAUGACCGGCGUCGUCACGGAGCAACACCUCUUUUUCCCCAGAGUCAAAAAUGCCUGUGACUGCGCCGCAAAGUGCCUAGAGCGGCCGAACACUUGCACCAACUGGGUGUGGAAGAACAUCUUCGACCCAAAACGAGAUGGCGGCAAGAGAUCCUGCACUCUGUACAGCAGCCCCAACCUGCCGACCGGCGUGAAGCUCAAGUACGAUCUGAGACGCAGCAAGGGUUUCCAAGUCUUGUUGAAUGCGAACAACCCGCAGAUGGGAGGCCCUGCGCCCUUUACCUUCUUGGACAAGAACAUGAAGAAGCGGGAUAGGUUUGGAGUUUCUGGCUUUAUCACGCAGGAUCCGGAUGGAGGGCAGUACUGCUAG